GAGAACUAUUUGCCUAAGCUAGCCUGGAACUGCAAUCCUCCUGAUCUCAGCCUUCCCAGUAGCUAGGAUUACAGGUGUAAGUCACCGGUGCCUGGCCCUCUAGGUAACUUGAAGACCAACUUUUUAGCACUCAGAGCUUCUGGCUGCAGAAUUGCUGUAGAAGGAAUUGGCCUUUUUCAUAUGAAGAAUUCAUAUAGUGAGGAUGAUGUUUGUUAGAAGAGAAUCAAGCAACAAGAGAGAGGGAUGGGUUAGUUUCUGAGGUUAUUUGGUUGCAAGCAAAGACUCCAAUCCAAAUAAACUGGUGGAGGGAGACGCAGGCAUAGACUAACAUCAAAGGCCUUGGGGAGGACUUGAACAGGGCAGCCCCAGGUCUUGGGCCUGCUUCUGGGCCAAGGGAGAGUGGGAAUCCUUGACUGACAGACAGUAGCUACAGAGGGCCAAGAUGGCUAACCUAAACUAAUCUGGGAGCCAGCACCAGAACAGGGAGAAGGAACUGUGGGGCAGGCAACAGGAGCAGUUUCUUUCAAUCUGGUAUUCCCUCCUGCCUUCUCUAGGAAGAGGGAGCAAUGGUAGACAAUGGCCAGAUUGAUCAGGCUGGUAGAUUUUGGCAAAAGAUUUGGCAAGGUUGGCAUUAAUUUUAGAAGCAGCUCCAGCCAGCCAGGUCCUCAAAGUUACCUCACUCCUUCCUACUCUGAGUUGAUAUGGCAAGAAAGAAUUGUCUAAUAGUGGUCAUGAGGUGCUGCCCCAUGGGCCGCUGGGAACUGUGUUGUCUAUGCUCCCUGGCUAGUGGGUGAAGAGCAGGCCCAGGCAGAGGAGGGCCAGCUGGGCCACAGAUGUCAUGUGGCCUGUGUUUUGGACCAUGGUGCAUACCUAUGCUCCCUAUGUCACAUUUCCUGUGGCCUUCGUGGUCGGGGCUGUGGGUUACCACCUGGAAUGGUUCAUCAGGGGAAAGUCUCCCCAGCGUGUGGAGGAGGAAAAACUCAUCUUACAGCGCCAGGAGGAUUGCAAGCUGGAUGAGCUGCUAGGCAAGGACCAUACCCAAGUGGUGAGCCUUAAGGACAAGCUGUAAUUUGCCCCUAAAGCUGUCCUGAACAGAAACCACACGGAGAAGAAUUGGUGGAGGACAUAGGGCCCUGUGGCCGACAGGGCUGCGAGUGGUCCUGCACAUGGCAUCUCAGCCCCAGAACACACAUCUGAUUCACUUUGCUGCUUAUUCUGGCCCCUCGCACACCCCACAGCCACACACGAACUGGCUGCUCCUUUAUGUCCAGGCAGACAGCAGCAGCUGAGGGCCCGCAGAGGAAGGCUGCUGU